AUGGCUCAGUCGCAUAAUUUAGGUAACGAUUCGCUCGUUAGUCAUGCUUUUAAUGGCGACGGCACGGAAUUGGCUCUCUCCGUUAAUACGAGUGACGUUUAUUUGCUGAGUGUUCCCAAAUCUCCCAGUGGGAGAUAUCAAGUGAUCGACGUUCUUCGGGAACAUAGUGCUGUAGUUACAAGCAUAGACUGGGCACCACAAACUAACAGGAUUGUUUCUUGUUCCGCUGACCGCAAUGCUUAUGUGUGGAAUAAACAAGGAGACAAAUGGAAGCCUACUGUGGUUAUUCUCUCGAUUGAUAGAGCUGCAGUUUGCGUAAAAUGGUCUCCAUUAGAAGAUCGUUUCGCAGUUGGAAGUGGUUCUAGACUUCUAGCUGUAUGCUGCUUUGAUGAAGAGAACAAUUGGUGGCUUAGCAAGAAGAUAAAAAAGCCCAUACGCUCUACUGUGCUUUGCGUUGAUUGGCACCCAAAUAAUGUUCUUAUUGCCUGUGGAUCAAGUGACUUCCAUGUAAGGAUAUUCUCAGCUUAUACAAAAUCUGGUCCUCCGGAUUCAGUGUGGGGCAAACAUGCUCCUCUUGGUAGUGUAUUGUUCGACCACUACGAUGGAGAAGGUGGUUGGGUACUAAGUGUAUCAUUCUCAGCAGAUGGAAGUAAACUAGCUUGGAUGAAACACAAUUCAACAAUAUAUGUAGCUGAUGCAAGCAUUAAUGAUGCUAAAGGUUCUACACCUUUUGUUGCUCGUCUUCGAACUGACUUUUUACCUUUUGUGAGUUGCAUUUGGAUUGGACCGUCCACCUUCGUGGCGGCUGGCUAUGACUGCUGUCCUAUGGCAUUUAGAUAUAGUGAUCAGUCGAUAACUUUCAUCCAUCAAUUGGAUGUCAAAGGUGAAUCACGAUUUGGUGGGAAGUUGACAGCCAUGAAGAAGUUUCAGGAUAUCGAUCGUAUGGCCACAGCGGAUAAUACUAGUUCACGUUUACCAACAAUCCACCAAAAUUGUAUUAACGAAAUUCGAAUUUUUAAAGGCGAUAGGUCAAUGGCUUCACAACUAAGUUCAAUCGGACGUGAUGGCAAUUUGGUGAUGUGGAAUUUGCCUACUCUGUGCCAGCAAGUAGCCGAAUUAAAAAUAUUUUGA